UAGAUAGAUAGAUAGAUAGAUAGAUAGAUAGAGAGAGAGAGAGAGAGAGAGAGAGAGAGAGAGAGAGAGAGAGAGAGAGAGAGAGAGAUGGCGGCAUACAUGCAUCGUUCAUUAGUGGCCCUUGGGUGUCGAAUCUGCCGUCAGGGAUCGCUCCUUAUGCUACCAGUCACGGCUUCACAAGGGCAACAAAGGAUUUGCAACUACAGUUCUGUGCCUUGCGACCUUACGGAUCUGCCGGAGCAAGACUGCCGAAAACCAACUGCAGACACCCUAACUCCAUCAAAGGUCGUGGAGUUACUUGACCGUCACAUCGUUGGACAGGAAGAGGCCAAACGAGCCGUAGCAGUGGCAUUGCGAAAUCGAUGGCGAAGACAUCGGAUUAAAAGUCCGAUGAAGGAGGAAAUUGUUCCAAAGAACAUCUUGAUGAUUGGCCCCACUGGGUGUGGGAAGACAGAGAUCGCUCGCCGUCUGGCAAAGCUUGCGGAUGCUCCCUUUGUCAAGGUCGAAGCCACUAAGUUCACCGAGGUCGGAUUCCACGGUCGCGACGUCGAUCAGAUCAUCAGAGAUUUGGUCGACGCAGCAAUUCAACUGCAGAAGCAAAAGGUGAGGGUGAAGGUGAAAGAAGAGGUGCGGGAGGCGGUGGAAAAGAAGCUCCUCGAUCUUCUUGUUGGUCAAGAGCAUGCUUCUGAGGAGUACGUUGCGCCGAAGGUUCGAACCAGGACACGUGAAGAGUUUAAGAAGUCUCUGGACAACGGGUUACUUGAUGAUCGCAGGAUAACCCUGGACAUACCCGACAGCCGAGUACGGCUGCCCAUCGACUCACCUGCUGGGAGCGUCUCUCUCAACGAGAUCAUAGGCAAGAUGUUUCGAGGUAAAGCGGAGAAACGCGAGUUAACGAUUGGUGAAGCCAUUCCGCUGUUGGGGGAGAUAGAGAUGGAGAAGUAUCUAAACUCAGAUCAAAUCACCAAGGAUGCAAUCCUGCUGGCUGAAUCGGACGGCAUAGUGUUCAUAGACGAGAUAGACAAGAUCGUCACAAAUAGCGAUACCAGGCAUGGGGCAGAUGCGAGCUCAGAAGGAGUGCAACGUGAUUUGCUACCGAUCAUUGAGGGAAGCACAGUGAACACUAGGUACGGGAACGUAAACACCGAUCACAUCCUGUUCAUCUGCAGCGGAGCAUUUCAUAGUUGCAAACCAAGUGACAUGCUGGCAGAGCUGCAGGGAAGGCUGCCCAUUCGGGUGGAGCUGAAGGGCCUCACAAGGGAGGACCUGUAUAGAGUUUUGACAGAACCGGAAAUGAACAUGAUUAAGCAGCAGGAGUGCCUGAUGGAGACGGAAAAUAUACGGCUGAUAUUUACCGACGAGGCGAUACUCGAGCUCGCAGCAGUGGCUGCAGAGGUGAACAGAUCCCUGGACAACAUAGGAGCUCGUCGCCUGCACACGGUCAUUGAGAGAGUGGUGGAAGACAUCAGCUUCCAUGCGCCUGAGAGAGCAGGACAGGAGUGGGUUAUCGACAAGGAGUAUGUGAGGAGAGCCGUCGGAGAUCUCCUGCACAAGAUGGAUCUCUCCAAGUUUGUUCUAUGAGAUGAGGUCGAACAGCAUCAAGUGGGGAGUUUUUCCUCUAACGCUGGAGCUCGUCAGCCACACACGGUC